CGUAAAUUCCCCCUAACGCACAUGUCACGGCGGGAAAUACCCGACGAAAUUCGCCUAGGUUGGGAAGAAAAGAGGAGAAUCCUCCUCACCCCAUGCGAGACGUUUGUCUUGCAUUUCUGCGCAGUUCAGUCAGCGUUCCAACUUCAUCGAGGAAUGUCGCAGCCCGUACACGAGCCCGUUGCUGGAAUCAAUCGGGAAAGUUCAUUGCCGACGUACGAGGAAGUCUGCAGUACCUCGAGAGUUGAGAUAGGAUUCGAAGGAGACUUAACACGUGCCACGGCGCCUGUUAGAACUUCUUGUAGCAAUGCGGAUAAUAGCCGUCGGUUGCCCUCGACGAAUCAAGGCAGAGUCGGGGAAUCGAGAGCGGAUGAACCGCAAACGAAGCAGAGUAAAAAGUGUUUAAUAUUCUCGAUUACUGCAGUAGUGGUUUUCUGUUAUCUAUUUACUGUUGUGGGGCUUUUAAGAAGUAAGAAUUGUAGCCUAUUGUCCGCUGGUCAGCCGAAUUCGGUCGAAGUUGAAAAUAAAAUUCUAACUAUACACAGAUCUUAUGAUAAGAAGAUCAAUUAUUUGAAUGUCCAACUAAAAGAUGCAAAUCGUAUGUACGAAAAGGAAAUUAAUUCUCUUCUUCGCGCCCGGGACGUCACGGAUAUUGAGAAGCAGAAACUAAACAGCAAAAUUGAAGAAUUGCGCAGUGGAAUAGACACAGUUAUUGAUGACAGGGAACAACUGCGUAAAAAGUUAUACGAAGUUAUAGGCCAAAGGGAACAACUAUAUUGGCAGGUCGUAAAAGCCGGUCUUAGACCGGUGUAUGAUAUAAUGGCCUCUACUACUGAUCGGAGUAGUCAAGAAUCGAAGAAGGUAACGACAUCAUUAUAUGACACACUUUUUCAGGGCAGCGAUAUUUUUCAACGAUAUUAUAAUGGAUUAUUGAAAAACUAAAAUUGUUUUACUUUACACAUAUUUUUAUAACUAUAUAUAUACACUCACAGUGUAUAUAAUUUUAAGAAUAGAGAAAAUAUUUUUAGGUCAUAUAAAUGUAACUAUUAGUGCCAAAAACUGUGUGCAAGUGGACUAGAACGAGUCCCUAAAUAAUAAGAGCAUACAUUUUAAGAACUUUCCGCACAACUAAAUACGCGGUAAUAAAUAACCAGUUGUCCGUGAUACUUACAGAUAUAUAAAACAAAUCGAGAUGCUUAAUUCGUUCUUGUCAGAAAUAUGGCUGUACGAAGCAUGUUUUGUUUAGAAUUCAAAUGUUAUUUCGACAAACGCUAUUUGCGACUAAUAUUUUAUACUAAAAUGCGUACAACAUUGUAAAUGCAACAGAUACAGCUGUACAUAAACGAUAUAAUAAAUGCAGAAAACCUAAAUUUCUCUGUCAGAAGAGUAUUCGAGAAAAAUUUUAUUUUCAUCAAAAG